AUGGCGGCCUCUAAGGCCUUCUUAUCUGUUGUGUUACACAAUGUUUGUGAGGCUGACUUCAAAGGCCUCACAUCAGUGUCCCGCCUUCAGUCUGUGGUUCUUUUAGAUCCUAAGAGGAUGGGGAUGCAGAGUUGUAUUUCAGGUACCAGUGGAGUGGAUGAGACUCAUGUGUUCAUCAGUUCUGGUGAAAAUGUCCGUCUGCCCUGUAAUAAUGCUCUUCCUGGCUGUACAUCAACUACAUGGAACUAUAACAGAUUAAGAAAUUCAGCAGCAGCUGAAAUGAUUGCAGGAGGGAAAAAGAAGCAAGACACAGAGAGACAUGAGAGACUGAGUCUGGGGUCUGACUGCUCUCUGAACAUCAGGAAUGUCACAAAAGAAGAUUAUGGCUCUUAUACCUGCCGACAAUAUGUGAAUGGACAACAAGGAACUGAUGCACGUGUUUUUCUGCAUGUUCUUCAUGUCUCUCCAUCAUCCUCACAGAAUGAGAUCAGUCCAGGCAGCUUUGUGACUCUCUCCUGUCAGUUGUAUUCAUUUGCUGGAGCCUCUUGUGAUGAUUUGAUUCGUUCUAAGGGAAUUCAGCUGAUCUGGGUGAAUCAGACUGGUGUUAAACUGACAAUAGCAGACUCCAGAUAUCAGAUAUCAGCUCCAGGACACUGUAUCAGGAAUCUGACUGCAAAACUCCUGAAUGAAGAUGACAAGAGAAAGUGGAGAUGUGAAAUUACUCACAGAAACCAAGUCAAGACCUCAGACACAUAUGCUGCCAAGAUUUCAGGAUGGCCAAGAAGUGCAGACCUUCAGCCGGAAAACCUUUCCAUGAUUAACAUUUGCACCGAUUGCAAGAAGAUCAUACAAUUGUUAACAGACACCCUCUCCAAUCAAGAUUCACAGCAUCUCACUGAAAAAGCUCUGGACAAGUUUUGUAAUGAACACCGCGUCAUCCCUUUGUGUAUGGAUAGAGCGAAGACAUACCUACAUUUGAUCAUCAGGAAUUUCAGUGCAUUUGCAAAUCAAAAUGUUGACAUAUGCUCAGUGUUGGGACUGUGUGGCAGCCAGUCUGAGAGAAAAGCACCAUCAGAGCUCACCGCUGGCCUGAAUGAUCGUGGUAUGCUCGACGCAAAACCCUCCAGAGGAACUAGUCAAAAGGUUCAACUCAAUCCCAACUGUGACUUAUGCAUUUUCCUCAUAAACAUGUUACAAAGCAUGUUGCCUGAUGAGAUAAAUAAAGAGGCUAUAGUGAACCUUCUGGACGAAUUUUGUGACUAUUUUCCUUCAUCAUAUAAGGAAACAUGUAAAAACUUCAUAGAAAUGUUCGGAAAGCAGCUGGUUGAUCUGCUGUUGUCCCACCUCUCUCCAAAUGCCAUAUGCUCUGCGCUGCGCCUGUGCCACAUCUCGGAGAUUCCACUGUCACUGUCCAGAGAGCAAACAGACUGUGAGUCAUGUAAGACUCUUGCAGUACUCUUCCAGUUUCAACUGGGUCACAGUGCCUCUGAGAUUCAGUCCCCUGACCUGCUCCAGAAGAUGUGCCACCUCCACCCUAAUGCUAUUCCUCAAGUUCAAUUCAGUUUCAAAUGUUACUCUUGUAUUUUCAUCAUAAAGACGAUACAGAGCAUGUUGCCUGAGAUAACUAAAGAUGCUAUAGUGAACCUUUUGGACAAACUCUGUGACUAUUUUCCUUCAUCAUAUAAGGAAACAUGUAACAACUUCAUAAAAAAUUACGGAAAGCAGCUGGUUGAUCUGCUGUUGUCCCACCUCUCUCCAAAUGCCAUAUGCUCUGCGCUGGGCCUGUGCCACAUCUCGGAGAUUCCACUGUCACUGUCCAGAGAGCAAACAGACUGUGAGUCAUGUAAGAUACUUGCUGUCCUCUUCCAGUUUCAACUGGGUCACAAUGCCACUGAAAUCCAGACCUCUGACUUGCUCCAGAAGAUGUGCCACCUCCACCCUAAUGCUAUUCCUCAAUGUGAAAGUUUUAUGAAGCUGCAUGGCCACAGGCUCCUGAGGAGUGAUGGGAAACAACCAGUCCUCACUGCAUGUGAGGAAGAUUACCUUUGCAGGGGACCCAAAUGAAAGUGAUCAUUCAAUCAAGAUUCAAACAGCAGAAAAGCAACAACCGUUUUACUGCACUUAACCAAGCUUUUUCUAUCCAAUCCCCUUGCCAUGAGGACAUACAGUAAGAGUGGAGUCAAUUACUGUUCGGUUUGAAAUGACAUUCAUGUACCAAUUUAUUUUUAAUUUACCUGUACUUAACUGCUUCCUAUUAGUUAAGUCCUUUAUCUGUAUUUCCAUACACUGAACCUUACUGAGUAAACAUUUAAUAUAAACUAGUCAACUUAAUAUAGAAAAUCCUAACAUAGCUUACAUUUUGUGUAGCAUUAUAUACAAUCAUUAUUUCCUUAAUUUUGUGUUAAUGAUGCAAGAAAUAAACUGUACCAAUUCAUAUUUUAAGGCAUUGUAAGUGGCUAAUUGGAAGAAAAUGGAAUUAAAUUUCUGUUUUUGUCAACUCAAA